AUGGACGCUGAGCCAUCUUCAUCAGCUUCGGUCGUGCCACUAGCACAGUCUAGCGGCGGGCGUGUUUCAGGCAAGCCAUGGAAACUACAGAAGACCGCAACAGUCCGUUCCCAUCUCCAGCCAGGCCUUCGAACAAAGUUUGAAGAGAGAAAGGAAAAGGAGACCAAGGCCAAGGCAUUGAAAAAACUGCAAGCGGAGCUCAGGGAGGAGAAGCAGGCAGAGAUUGACAGACGGAGGCAGAUAACGUUGGAACGGAAAAGGGCGGCAGAGGAAAAACUCCGCGUAGAGGAGGCAAAGGCAAAGAUGGGAGCAAGAAAAGCAGCACGACUGCGCCGACGAGCAGGCCGUAGUAAGACCGUCAACCACUAG